GUGGCAAGAGGAAGGACAAGAGGGAAAUGUCUGCCACUUGAGUGUAAUUAAACCUCGAUCGCUUUUUAGUGGACUAAUGGCAGGUCUUGGGGCUUGCUGACCACUGGGAAAUCAGUUGGAGUAUAAGAAGGGACAAUGCAAACUUAGGAGACCAAGGCAGCUGGAAAGUGAGCUUAUAACAGAACUAUCCUGACUACUGUUGGAUGUUAGCAUCUGACAAGACAUUGCACCAAGGAGAAAAAGCAGCCAUUGAUGAUGAACUACAGCCAACCUCGGACAUCUCAAAACUUACACUUCUGUUACGAAUCUUCUAACAAGUCUUGUCCUCAGUAUAUUUAUUCGAUGGCAGUACGGGUUCCUCUGUACAUUUUUUUUGCAGCUGCCAUUCUCCUCACAGUCUUUGGAAAUCUACUCAUCAUCAUUGCAAUAGCUCAUUUCAAACAGCUCCACACUCCGACUAACUUCCUCGUCCUCUCCCUGGCCAUCGCUGACUUCCUUCUUGGAACGAUCACCAUGCCACCUAGUAUGGUUCAGACACUGGAGACCUGCUGGUAUUUGGGCAAUCUGUUCUGUAAAUUCCACAAUAGUACAGCUGUCACUCUAUGCACAGCAUCAAUUUUAAACCUUUCCUUCAUAUCUAUUGAUCGAUAUUAUGCUGUCUGUCAGCCCCUACAGUAUCAGACAAAAAUCACAAACUGUGUCACUUUGGUCAUGAUCCUGAUCUGCUGGAGCCUGUCUGUUCUUACUGGGUUUGGGAUGGUAUUCUUAGAGCUGAAUAUCUGGGGCAUUGAGGACUUUUAUUACGAAAACAUUGAUUGUGUUGGAGGCUGUACUUUGUUCCAAAGUUUUGCAUCAAGUUUUACAUCUUCCACUCUCUCAUUUUACAUCCCGGGAUUCAUUAUGAUUGGUAUCUACCGGAAAAUCUUCCUCAUAGCAAAGAGACAAGCUCGGUCUAUUCAGGCCUCAGGGUGUCACAAGGCCAACUCUGAAAGGAGCAAAACUCAGAGCAAGAUGGAACGGAAGUCCACUAAGACUCUUGCAAUUGUUAUGGGUGUUUUUCUGUCAUGCUGGUCCCCCUUCUUUUUGUGCAAUAUCAUUUAUCCAGUCUUUUACAUUUCACCAGUACUGCUUGAUAUACUUGUUUGGAUUGGCUAUUUAAAUUCAACAUUUAAUCCCAUGAUUUAUGCGUUCUUCUACAGUUGGUUCAGGAAGGCUUUCAUAAUAAUAAUAUUUUGCAAAAUAUAUCAACCCAAUUCUUCAAGAACAAAUUUAUUUACAAAUUAG